AGAUGUCAUACUGUUGUAAAAGGUUAGCCCGCAAGAUUAGUGUCUGUCUUGGUGAAUGUACCAUGUUGACCACUCCACCAGGAAAGACUCCGAACUGUCUGCUAAGCAACAGCAUCCCCAAAUCUAGGGUAUCCUUUGGUGUAAUAAGAACUUCUCGUCUCUCAUCCUUGACAAUAUCUAUCGUGAAAGCGAAUCAACACCACCGCCAAGAUGAUGGGCUACGACGACGACGACGGCAUGGGAAGCCGUCUCUUCGACCACCGCGCAAGCGACACUCACAGAAUGGUCCCAAAAGCAGACCUCAUCAUCUACAACCCCUCAACCCAGCUCCUCGGCAUGCAGAUGUACUCCUGGGCCACCAAACGCCCCGUCCCCGAACGCGGCAGCAUGGUUGUCUACAUUGACGGCGCCUGUCGCAACAACGGGCUCCCCGACGCACAAGCCUCGUGGGGCGUCUACUUUGGUCCUGGGUCACGGCACAACGCGUGCGGGUUGUUGGCAAGGGACCUCCCGCAGACGAACUCGAGGGCGGAGAUUGAGGCGCUGGUGCAGGCUGUGAGGAUUAUUUGCGAGAUUACGGGGAGGGAUUAUUCGUUGAACCGAAUUACGAUUGUGACGGACUCGGAGUAUCUUGCGAAUGCUAUGGCGCUUUGGAUUGGGGAGUGGAUUGAGAAUGAGGGGUUGAAUGCGAGGGGGAAGAGGGUUGCGCAUUUUGAGGUGUUGAGGGAGUUGCAUGAGCAGUUGGAUGAGAUGACGUAUGGAGAUGAUGGGGGAAGGGAUAUUUUGUUUUGGGCUGUGCCGAGGGAGGAGAAUAAGGAGGCUGAUGCAUUGGCUAAUCGGGCGUUUUCAAGUGUGCCGUAGGACGUUUUGAUGCUGAUGGGAUGUGCAACUUUUCAAGACUUCUGUAGGGAUGUCCUUAGUUUUGUGUCAGGCUUUUGAAAGUCAAUGGGAGCUUUUGCGAUCGACUUGACGAGUACGUGAAGUUGUUGAAGUUGCUUGAGUCGACA